UGUAAAUAAACGAAUGACAGAGACGUUGGUGAUAGUGCAAUUGCUACCAAAAAUAUAUAAUCAACACGGAAACCCAUUACUCGACUGUGAAUCAAGCUGCUGUGGCUACGUUGAUGUCAUUCCUACCCGCCAGUUUGCUGCCAGCCUCUCGAGUCAGACUGUGGAUAGCUACACAGGUAGCUUGUGGCCAAUGCCACAGGCUCGACCUGCCGAGAGAAGUGGACUGUCGACCUCGAGAAGAACUUGCGAGUUGGCCUCAACAGACCUCUGUGGUCCCCACUUGGCUGUUGGACUGAAGAGGGAGUGCCUUUGGAUUUACCAGCAGUGAAAGUUGUCAUGUCGGAGUUAAAUAAAGAGGUGGUGGAUUUGGUUUGGGGGAGACCCUCCAAUGGAGGAGUGUCUGCCUCCAUCUUCCGUAGAUGGACCCAAGGAUUUGUUUUCAGUGAGAAUGAGCACACAGCACUAGAGCAGUUUGAAGGCGGGCCAUGUGCUGUCAUUGCACCUGUCCAGGCUUUUCUCUUAAAGAACAUUCUCUUUAAUAGAGAAAGUUCCAACUGGAGACAGAUGUCAGAAGAGGAGCAAAAAACAGCCCUGUGUUCCACGUUGAGUGAAAUCCUGGAGUCUGCCUGUUCCAGCCCCUCCACUGGGUUCUGCCUGGUGACCUGGGCAAAGGGACAAAGCCCACACACUAGCACACAUACUAACACACAGUCACAGUCACAAACACAGGACAUGCCAGAGAGCAGCCAGCCACCACAGGAGCAGCAGCCCACUGCUUUGGCUGCCGAGGACCUUGGCUUUGAGCGAUUUCACAGUGUUCUGCACAAGCGGACUGUAAUGUCAGUGUCUGAUCUCAGAGAGGAGGUGCUGUCUCUCUACCACACCUGGAGGGGGUGCUGUGGAGUCUUGCUUUUCCUCUACUCAGUCAUCCUAACCAAGGGCAUAGAAAAUAUACGAAAUGAGAUCCAGGACACGAUGGAGCCUCUCAUAGACCCUGUGCAUGGUCAUGGCAGUCAGAGCCUGGUUAACCUCCUUGUAACUGGCCACGCUGUGUCUAAUGUCUGGGAUGGAGACAGGGAAUGCUCUGGCAUGAAACUACAUGGCAUACAUAAACAAGCAUCAGUUGGCUUCCUGACGCUUAUGGAAUCCCUACGCUAUUGCAAGGUCGGGGCAUUCCUCAAGUCUCCAAAGUUCCCUAUUUGGAUCCUUGGCAGCGAAACUCACCUCUCUGUGUUUUUCACCAAGGAGAUGUCCCUGGUAGGUCCAGAGUCUCCAUCAGAACAGGCAAGGAGGGUCUUCCAGUCAUUUGAUCCUGAAGAUAAUGGCUUCAUCCCAGAGUCUCUGCUAGAGGACGUGAUGAAAGCCCUUGACCUUGUCUCAGAGCCUGAGUAUGUCAGUCUGGUGAAGAGCAAGCUGGAUCCAGAGAGUUUGGGCAUAAUUCUUCUGGGCCCGUUCCUGUUGGAGUUCUUCCCUGAUCAGGAUUCAGGAAUCCCAGACUCAUUUCCCGUCUACCACUACAAUGGACUUAAACAGUCCAACCACAACGAGAGGGUUGAGUAUGUGGAAGGAACAGCUUUGGUGCUAGGUUUUGAGGACCCCAUGGUUCGGACAGACGACACUCCAGUCAAGCGCUGCCUACAGACCAAGUGGCCCUACAUCGAGCUGCUGUGGACGACCGACCGCUCCCCCUCACUGAACUAGCACUGACACAGUCUGGUGUGCGUCUGUGUAUGUGGACAGGCCACUACUGCUCCGCACACACCCCUCUCCUGCUGCCCCUCUUCACGCUGACCCCGACAGGUCAGCAUGUCACAAAGACUGAGACACGUACACACAUACAACGCAGACAAAUGAGAAAAACACGAAUGCACACAAACAUGGGACUGAGACAAACACUUUGAUGGACUUAACAUUACAUGCCUGAGAUCCAUUUUUGCAUUCUCACUUACAUUCCACACAAAUGUAAAUUCACCUUUACAGUUCAUGCUGUUGUCUGUUCACCAUGGCUUGUAAUAUGACACGCAGGAUGUUUAUGACGUGAUUAUUUAAAAAAAAAACAAAAAAAAACUGAAUGACUGUUUAUUUUUACAGCUCUGCUCUGUGCCGACACCUCUGCUACAGUUUAGCAGUAUACAGCUAGACACUGUUUAGAGAGCAGACUGGUUUGGUUCAACGACUGUAGUGUGUCACCAAAUCACAUGCUGAACCACAUGCACAGCCAGUCUGUGACUGUGAAGCACUACUGUUAAUCCAGCUAUAGGACUGUUUGAGGGAAAACCUACCAAAGCCUUCCACAUAUGAGAACACACACACACACACACACACACACACACACACACACACACAGUCACGCCUACUGAUAAGCGUUUACAGCGUAAAGGGACCAACCUAGACGCAGAGAACUGGAGAUAUGAGCAGGAGGUUUCUUCAGUGUUUUCACCAAGAUGAAGCUGGUUUAGGUGCUCUGUGUGGUUGCUUCAUGCGCCACACUAGUAUGUUGGCCAAGUGCUCAUGUAUUUAUUAUCGCACUCAAAGGUUCUGGA